GACAGAGGCCAGGUGAUGGACGUCAACGACCAGCGCCACAUGCAACUAUCCGUGUCCAAAUCAGGGCCGAAGAAGAGCGGCGCUAAACAGCGACAUAAGCAGCGUAGGGUGGCCGCCAGUUCUCCGCGUCCAGAUAGCACCCGCAACCACAGGUCACCGCAGCCGAUCACCGCAAACAAAGCUGCCGCGAACGAGCUUCUGUCCGACGCCAGCUCACCGCCACAAGCAGCACCAAGUGCCGGUGCUGUUCUCUCAUCGCCGUCAGAGAAUGUUGGAAGUUCUUCGCCUACCGAGUCGCCGCAUCUCGCUGACACCCACGUGACAUCACCUCCGGCACCUGCCGAGGAUGUCGCCAGUCCCACCAAGCAGUCAGGCCGCCGCAGAAGGGGAAGCGACAAGGACCGCAAUAAGCACGAGGUCAGGACAUCGGCAGCACCGAGGUCCGGUCCGGCGUCAAGCUCAAAGGCUGCCAAAGCGACCGGAAGGUUUGCAGCGCCGGGGUUUUUUGAGGUUCCAGCGGCGAAGACGUCACAGGGAGCUGCAGAACAGAUCACCUCUGCCCCUCUGUCCAGCGACGAGCGUCAGAGCCGAGACGAGCCAGAGAAACGCCGCAGAGCCGACGCGGGAAACGAUCUGAUGUCGCCGCCCACUCAAGGGUUGCCUGAGGCGAUGGGAGAAACCGUGCCCACCAAGUCCACGCUUAAAGGCCCGGUGAGGCGCGUGUCAAUUUGGGGCGGAGAUUUCAGAAAGGAAAGCGGCUCGGGCCAAGAAGAAGCACGGAACGCUAUGAAGAAGCGGCGAUUGAGCCGGGCCUCUUUCAAGGACCCCAUGGCCACCGAGGACAUUGGCACCUCACGCACAACCCGCAGCUCGAUGGCGUCGAUUAUCGCGAGAAUGAAUCGCAAGAUGUCCAUGCGCUCUACCUUGGACACCACUGCGCGUUCGUUUAUUCCGGAGGACAAGAGCACGCUGUUCAUGGCCAGCGUCGUGUUCAUGGCCAUCCUGUGCAGCGUGACCGCUGCCGCCCUCCUGUUCUUCGUCACGCGCAGUGAUCCUGCUGCCCAGGUUGCCUGCAGGUCUCGCAAGUGCAUACAGAUCAUGGAGCAGCUUCGCGCCAUCGUCAACGACAGCGAAGACCCAUGCCUAGACUUCUACCGCUACGUGUGCGGCCAGUGGAUGGAUAGCGGUGGCAGCUUCUUCCAAGACAACGCGAACACCUCGCUCGUCAGCCUCGCACGCGCGAUGGCCUUGUCCGGGAACAAGUCCGUUGACGACCGGGAAGGCACGAGCGUGCUGCUUCACGUGUUCGAUGCGUGCCAGGAGUACGUGUUAGGUGAAUGGACCCUGGAGGCGAUGCUCGAAGAAGUCGACAAGCAGCUCGCCCUGUCAGCCCUGCGUCGCACCUCGACCUUCAACGAUGUCGCCCGCUGGUUCAUCAAGUACUAUGCUUUAUACCAUUACGGCGUUUUGUAACUAUGCUUACAGAACGCUCGGCCGAGCUAUAAGUGCAGUUAAAGAAAGUAUUAAGCGGGUAGUUGGGUAGCUACAUGCAAUUUUCUGUGCUUAUUUCGAACAUGGUACCCAUUUUCGUUUACUUCAGUCUGUUCAA